AUGUCCUCCAACUUUGUAUAUUCCCUAAAUCCAACAGGCAUUUUUAUGGCUAAUAACAUCGUUCUUGGAGACCUUUCAUCGAAGACGUACAUUUUAAUCGACUGUGGUGGAGAUAUCACACCAGCAAUGAACUUUGUUCGCAGCAAAGGCCUUCAGACGUGCACUGAAAUUGUGUGUACACACGGACAUAUCGACCACGUUGCUGGCCUUCAACAAGCAGUCAACAUCACUCGCGCACCAAUAUCAAUUCAUACAGAAGACCGUCAACUGUAUAACAUAGCGCCGGUUCAGGGAAUGCUCUUCGGUAUACAACUCCAGCCACUCCCUCCACCCACUCGACUCUUGGAAGACCAAGACAGAAUUUAUGUUGGAAAUUACGAGGGGGUUGUUAAACACACCCCAGGACACUCCCCCGGCAGCAUUUGUAUUGAAUUUGAGGAACUUGGAAUUUUAAUCACAGGAGACACUUUAUUCUCUGGUACCGUUGGAAACACUACAUUACCAGGAGGAGACCCAGCUAAACUCAAAAUGAGUGUUUUAAGCAUUUUGAAUAACACACCAGAGAACACUGUUGUGAUGCCGGGGCAUGGUGGGUUGACUUCAAUUAAAAGAGAGAAGCAGACAAAUACAAUUUAUUACAUGUGA